CACUGGGCCUAUCCCUGGAUACGCCGGCUGGCAUUCUGGAAAUACUACCGCGACUAUUUCCCCGUGAAACUGAUCAAAACCACGGAACUGGACCCCCGCUGCCGGUACAUUAUGGGCUGUCAUCCCCACGGGAUCAUGGGAUGUGGAUUCUGGAGCGCCCUGGCCACGGAGGCGAACGGCUGGGGAACGCUGUUCCCCGGGAUCGAUCUGCAUUUGCUAGGGAUGAAGGUGAUUUUUCAGUUUCCACUGUACCGCGAGUACUGUAUGGCUUUGGGGCUGUGCGAUGUCAGCCGGGAGAGCAUUGAGUACUGGAUGAGAAAGGCGCCGGGAACUGCGGUGGGGAUUGUGGUCGGAGGGGCGAAAGAGGCCCGCGAGGAUGACUACCAAAAUGUCAAACUCGUUCUGAAGAAUCGAAAAGGUUUCGUUAAAUUGGCUAUUCAGACUGGGGCUCAUCUUGUGCCCGUGUUUUCAUUUGGGGAAAACGACGUGUACCGUCUGUAUCACCCCGACGAUGGAUCCUGGAUUGACCGGUUCCAACGCUUUGUGCACGCCAAAACUCGUUUAGCACCAGUGGUAUUCUUUGGCCGUGGAUUCUUCAACUACACCAUGGGCUUCCUCCCCAAACGUCGUCCUAUCACGGUUAUCAUCGGUGCACCCAUUCCCACCGUGCAGAAUCCGCAGCCGACAGAGGAAGAAAUCGACCAUGCCCACCGGCGCUACUUGGAUGAUCUACGCGAUCUUUUCGAUUCUCAUAAAGCAAGUUGCGGCUAUCCCAAUGCCCAGCUGUCUUACAUUGACUAAUAUAGUGUUUUGGCAUGAUAUGACGGACAUCCAACGGGCAUCAUUUUUCUCAUAAUUUUUCUCCGUGCACCUUACUGCGAUGUCGGGACUGAGACUUAUAAAUUUUCUCCGCGGUCGUGGUAAAAACAUGUGUUAUUUGUACGUACUUUUGCGUUUGCAAUGUAAAUUUUUGUGAGUAUUACAGUAUUGACUCAUUGGCUUAAAUGCCCACUUUUAGACGGUAGCUGUAGCACCAACGACGUUAAUCUUCAAGAAUAAUUCUCACUUUUUGUUUCACCUGUUUAAUAAAUUAAU